AUGGCACUCUUUUCUCAAGCUGGUCAACAGGGUUUUCAGGCUUUGCUAUGGAAGUGUCGUAUGUUCUGGCCUGUUUCAAGAUGCCAACAACUGUCUGCUCUCUCUUUCAACAUCCCCAACAGGGAAAAGGUUAGCUAUUUCAGUUUUGUGACGUCUUCCAGCACUGCAUUACCAGUAAAUUCCAAAGGAACUGAUGUCUCUCCUACCAAGAAAAGGUCUGAAAUUGAUUAUGAGGAAGAAAAAGGAUGGGAUGAGGAGACUAAAGAAAUAUCUGAAGGGAAACUCCACUUUUCUUCCUCUCUUGGAGCUCCAAAGAAACAGAUAAUAAGUCAAGUUCUGUCAAGGCAUAAAUUUACUGACAUACAUCCUCCAGAAAAACCUUUGCAGGCUGAGGAAUGGAACAGGCUGAGAGAAAGCUUUCGAUCACCUGAAAUAUUUGAGGAAGUGAUGUUUAACAGUAUGGUCAGGUGCAACAGCCCCAUUGAUGUGGCUAAGUCCUUGCUGACCUGUGUGGCAAAGAGUAAUGGUGACAUUGCGUAUAAUUUGUUGGUCAAAUAUCUGGCAUUGUGUGUCCAGCAGGGGCAGACUUCAGAAAUUCGUGAUGUGUACGAUAUAAUGAAAGCCAGAUUUAGAAUUUUAGAAAGUGGGGCUUAUAACCUUAUUAUCAGGGGGCUGAGUAAUUCAGAUAAAUGGAGAAUGGCCUUGACUCUUUUGGAAGAAGUAAAAAAGAUUAUGAUUCCCUCACGGACAAACUAUGAAUCCUGUAUCAAAGCAGCCAGCCGUCACCAGGAAAUGAACCUUGCAUUUGAACUUUACCAUGAAAUGUUGUCUAAGGAUUUGGUCCCAACCUUGGAUGUUCUGCAGGCCUUUUUUGACUUCAGCAGGGGGAUGAAAGGUGCUGAGUUGCAAAAGGAGCUGUUUGGUGUCCUGUUAUAUUUGAGAGAGAACCAAAUAUACCCUCACAAAACAUUUAUGCAGAGUAUAAAGCUGUGGUUUGAAAGUAUACCAGGAGGGAACUGGAGAGGACACCUGACCAACAUUAAAGACAGCGGACAGUGCCCAGUUUGCAACCGUCAGUUGGAGGAUAGUGACCUCACUGAAGAGGAAUAUAAUAAUCUCAGAGAAAGAAUAAUAAAGGAUGUGAUACAUGGAACUGACACUUUUAGAAAGACAAGCCCACAG